CAUGUGAUGAGUGAUCAUUGAUUCAAACCAUUUGAUGCACUCAUUGAUGCCAACCAUGGAUCCCAUCAAAGACUGUUCACAACUCUUCAAAACUAGAUUCAAAGUUCUGGAGCUGUACUCAGGCAUCGGAGGAAUGCAUUUCGCCAUUAAAAAUUUGCCGAUAGAUUCAUACGAUUUGAUUGCCAUUGAUAUCAACACUUCAGCAAAUGGUGUCUAUAUUCACAACCAUUUGUCACACAAUUGCCAACAAAUGGAGAGAAAUAUUCUGUCGAUUAAUGAAAACCAUUUCAAUGAGUGGGCCAUCGAUUUGCUGACUAUGAGCCCUCCCUGUCAGCCCUUCACCAGAAUAAGGAAACUUCCGAAAUAUAUAUUAGUAGAAAAUGUGAAGGGAUUUGAGACAUCGGAUGCGCGACAACUGUUGAUCCAAACGCUGAGUUCUUGUGGUUAUGGAUAUCAAGAAUUCCUGUUAUCUCCGAAUCAGUUAAAUGUUCCCAAUUCUCGAUUGCGAUACUAUUUAAUAGCAAAACGUGGCAAACAAUUUAAUUUCAAUUCAAAUAAUGAAGAAUUUGUGGCCAAACCUCCAGAUAUUGAUCCCAAGAACUUGUGCUCGUUUUGUACAAACAUUUUGUUUCAAUCAAAAGACCAGAAUUUAAGACCAAUUAGUGAUUAUUUAGAAAACCUGGAUGACAUUCAGAUUCAAAGUUAUCUCUUGCCGGAUAAAAUUUUGUCCAAAUAUUUCAUGAUUUUAGAUAUCGUUAAAAGUGAUUCUCUGAGCACUAAUUGCUUCACAAAAAGCUAUUCCCAUCGCAUAGAAGGCACCGGAUCUGUACUCCAGACUUCAGAUCACGACAUACAAGAAGUCUGUCGUCAACUCAACGAUUGCCAAACCGAUGAGCAAAAGAUUGUUAUUUUACGAUCACUUGGACUCAGAUUUUUCACACCCAAAGAAAUCUCCAAUUUAAUGUCAUUCCCAACACAUUUCGACUUUCCCGAAGACUUGACAAUUAAACAAAAGUAUCGAUUACUCGGAAACUCAGUGAACGUCAAAGUAAUUGAAUAUUUGCUUAAAUUACUUCUCAAUGAUUGCGAGCUUAAGGCACAGAUAUAG